UUACAGCUGCUGUAUGAAGUAUGAAGAAAAUGCGAAUCAAGCUAACCAGGACAGUACAGCUUUUAAAACAGAUCUCCUCACAGGGUGUUAGCAGUGGUAGGAUAUGUUGUCACGUAUCUGGGGGUAGCCAUGUGUUGCAUUCAAACUCGUGUUCAACUUUAGCCAGUGCGCAUUCCAUGCCAGCAUUGCAAGAGGAAGCGACUCUCAAAUUAAAGAAAUCUGUAAAAGACAGGGUUGCAAACAUUGACCGUCCAUUUCAUGAUUUUCUCACUGAUACCUUUGGAAGACAACACACAUAUUUGAGGAUUUCUCUCACUGAGCGCUGUAACCUUAGGUGUCAGUACUGUAUGCCUGCGGAGGGCGUGACCCUGUCACCAAAAGACAACAUCCUCAGGACGGAUGAGAUUCUCCAGCUGUCGCGGCUGUUUGUCUCUCAGGGUAUCACCAAGAUCAGACUCACAGGUGGUGAGCCUUUGGUGAGACCAGACCUGCAGCAAAUCAUUGAGGGGUUAAAUGAACUCAGAAGCAUUGGCCUUAAGAACAUUGGCAUCACCACCAACGCUGUGACGCUAGCCAGGAAACUGCCAGAUCUGAAGGCGGCCGGACUUGACCAGAUCAACCUGAGCCUGGACACGCUGGUGCCAGCCAAGUUUGAGUUCAUCACCAGAAGGCGAGGCUUUGAGAAGGUCAUCAAGAGCAUUGAGAAGGCUUUGGAGCUGGGUUAUAACCCUUUGAAGAUCAACUGUGUUGUCAUGAGGGGCAUGAAUGAAGAUGAGAUUUGUGAUUUUGUUGCCUUCACAGAAAACAAAGCAGUGGAUGUCAGGUUCAUUGAGUACAUGCCCUUUGGUGGCAACAAGUGGAACACACAAAAAUUCAUGUCCUACCAAGAAAUGCUGGACAAAAUCUACACAAAAUGGCCGACAUUUGCCAAGCUGUCUGAUAAACCCAAUGACACAUCCAAAGCGUAUAAAGUCCCAGGGUUUGCUGGGCAGGUCGGGUUUAUCACAUCCAUGAGUGAGCACUUCUGUGGGUCUUGUAACAGGCUUCGUAUCACAGCUGACGGAAACUUAAAGGUGUGUUUACAUGGAAACUCUGAGGUUUCACUGCGGGACUGUCUGAGACAGAACUUACCUGAGCCUGAGUUGUUGGAGGUGAUUGGCGCUGCUGUUAAGAGAAAGAAGCGACAGCAUGCAGGUAUGACCAACCUUUCAAAAAUGGAGAACAGGCCUAUGAUACUAAUUGGUAAAGAUGUAAUCAAAACAAAUGUGAUACAGAGAAAACAUGCCGCAAGUUAUUUAUUUACACUCAGAAACAGUCUAUCAUUUCCUUUAUUGUUUCACCAGUCCAUACCUACUUUUGUCCAUCAUUUUUCUACUUUCGCUGGUGGAAGCUCAAUUUUCUCAAUCAUAUGUUGUACAAAAACAUCGUUAUUUUACAAUUGUUAUUCAGAUUUUCAGAAUUCCAAAACUGUAUGUUUGUAUAGACAUUUCUGUACUGUAAAAACUAUUUCUGAUGUACAUAAGAACUUAGAAGAGUCCUGUUUAAAAAAUCAGGACACUGGUUCACCUUUAAGUAAGUUGUCCCCCUGUAAGCCUGGCUCUAAUAAUAAACACAAUACAAUUACUUCCCCUGAAACCCAGGAAAUGCCAGACCAUGCAGAGUUUGAGGCUUAUGCUAGACAGUAUCAUGAUCUCAUGAAUAGAGAAGCAAGUGCAGGAAGCCAUAAUGGGGUUGAGAAAUCUGCAGUUGAUAAGAGUUACCCACAAAUGUACCACGAACUGAUGAAUAGCUCAUCGCAUAAAAUAGUUGAAGGCACUGGCACAGCCCAACAGUUAAGCCACACUGACUCCAGUGGGAGGGCUGUUAUGGUAGAUGUGGGUGGUAAGGGAACAUCCUUACGUGAAGCCAGAGCCCAGGGUGUUGUUUUACUGGGACCUGAGGCAGCGCGGCUCGUGGCCGAGAAUAAGAUGAAAAAAGGGGACGUGCUGACUGUGGCCCAGUUGGCCGGGAUCAUGGCGGCCAAGCAGACGGCUCAACUGAUUCCGUUGUGUCAUAACAUAAACCUGACCAAGGUCGACGUGACCUGUGAACUGGAUGUUGAACGCCAUGCCGUUGUGGUCAAGUCUCUGGUCAGGACGGUUGGGCAGACUGGGGUGGAGAUGGAAGCGCUGACGGCGGUCAGCGUGGCGGCCUUGACCGUGUAUGACAUGUGUAAGGCUGUCACACAUGACAUGGUCAUCUCGGAUGUCAAGCUUAUAUGCAAGGCAGGGGGGAAAAGAGAUUUUCAGAGGUAACUUCAAGGGUAAUUUAUGGGGGGGAGGGGGUGGGAAGUGGCAGGGGUUCUAAGAUUCUCAGGGUUCAGCUCUGUAGUAACUAAGGCAAUCAUUUUUUUUGAGACAUUAAUAUUAAUUGUUAAAAACAUUUAUAUAACGAUGCAUAAUCUCUUAAUAAUUAUACGAUGCAUAAUUGUUUAUAUCGGUAAGCCUUAUUAUUAAAAUGUGAUGAGACUGCUUGUUAUUCUCACUUAGAAAUGAUUGGCUGGAAUUGUGUGUAAUUUUUCCUUAAGUGUUGUGGGUGAUUGUCCUAACAUACGGUGACUCUACAAUUAUUGGGCAUUCAACCUGUUUACAUUUUGUCAAAUACAUGAAUCGGUAUUUAAACCAUGUCAUUAAUAAUUAAUUUCAUGUUAACAUUUUUUAAUGCAAGCGAAAAUUUCAGGGAAUAUCAUUCAAGGGGUAUUUCUGUAAUAAUUAGCAAUAUUAAUAAUGUGAAUAACAUCUGUUAAAUGUCUGAAUUAUUUAAAAUGUGAAAAUAAUGCUGUUUAUGAUAGAGUGAUCUCCCAUGCAACUUUGUUGCCUUAUACUAGUUAUCCAGAAGAUGAUCCGGUGAAUCGCUCAUUUUUUGUUUUUGUAUUUUAUCCACUUCUAUAUUCAUUUGUUUAUAUUUAAUUAAACAGAAUGUCUACUGUCUUUAAACUAUACUUGAUGUUCCUGUAAAAGAUACAUGAUUUUUUUUUCUCCAGUAUUAUACUUUGCUUUAUUUUAUCUAAACUUUCCUGUUGAAGAGUUUCAUCAUGUGGUCACAGUGUCUUGGGUAAUGGAAGCGCUCAUAGGAGGUGGUUAGAAGUCUGCACAAAUAUUAUUAAUUGUUUUUUUUAUAAGAUAAACAGAUGGUUGUGUGAAAAUGGUGUAGUUGUUUGUGAUAAAUAAACUGAAUUUUAUUUAAA